UCACUUUUGACCACCAAUCAAUAAUUUUUUAUUUUUUUUAAAAACGACAUCAAAAAGCAAAUGUUUGAAAACUGACGACAACACAAAACAUCAAGAACACGCCCGCCAUCGAGAGAAGAAGAAGAAGAAUCCUCUUUAUUGUCAUGACAUGCAUGCACACGAAAUGUGUUCUGUGCAUUUGACCCAUCACAGUGAACACGUUACACGUUAGCGGAACACACCGGAGCAGGGGGCGGCCGAAUCGCCCGGGGAGCGUUUCGGGGUAUCGGCGUCUCGCUCAAGGACACCGCAGCCGUGAGUCCGGGGGAUGUUGGCGGAUGGUCCGGUCGGGGUCUUGAACCUAGGUGACCCACGGUGGCAGGCGACGAUCUUAACCGUUGGACCACGGCUGCCCGUCGCACCAGAUCACCCCGGACUGGUCGCCAGUCUAUUUCAUGGGACAUCAAACAGAGUAGCAAAAAUAAUGUGGUUGCACAAGUCUGCACACCCUCCUCGAAUUGGAAUGCGCCAAAGACACACGCGACAAGGCCUCGUGCUGGACCACCUCAAGAGCGUCACAGGUCCCCUGCUGGACACCCUGGAUGACACAGUCAACAUGGGACUGCACUUCAUCCUCAAACACCUCGGUGACCUAUGCGAGGAUUCUCUUCGUGGACUUCAGCUGUGCAUUCAACACAAUCAUCCCCGUACUCCUUUUCUGCAAGCUUCUCCAGCUCAGCGUCUCGCCUGCCAUCUGGCGGUGGAUUUACAGCUUCCUGACGGCCAGGACACAACAGGUGAGGCUGGGGGACACCACCCAUCCGUACGCACCACCAGCACUGGGGCGCCCCAAGUUGCGUCCUCUCUCUGCUGCUCUUCUCUCUCUCCACGAACAACUACACCUCAACGCCUCAACACCUGUCAAACUCCUGAAGUUUGCAGACGACACCAGUCAUCGGCAUCAUCAAAGACCGUGACGAGUCCGCAUAUCGACAGGAAGCGGAGCGGCCGGAGCUGCGGUGCGGCCGACGCGACCUGGAGCUGAACACGCUCGAGACUGUGGAGAUGAUCGUGGACUUCAGGAGGCAUCAGCUGCCCCUCACGCGCUGUUCAACUGCCCUGUGUCAUCCGUCGAGACCUAACCCUGACCCUGGAAAUUAUAGUCUCUCAGGACCUGUAGUGGGAGACCAACAUCAACUCCAUCCUCAAAAAGGCCCAGCAGAGGAUGUACUUCCUGCGGCUUCUGAGGAAGCACGGCCUACCCUCGAGGACUUGCACGCUGCCAGAACUAAAACAAGAAUAUGCAAAAUCCUCUCGGACCCUCCGCAUCCCGGUCACCGACUCUUCCGGCUCCUUCCCUCAGCAACCCAGGAGCCAAUCAAGUUGCAGUGGGGCGUGUCCUACCUAGAAACCUCGUGGGAAUCCUAAUCACGCCCCGCCGCCGUGCAACACUGAGAGAAACAAGCGACAAUCCAAAUCAGUUGUUGCUGUGGUGACGCAAACAAAACACACACACAGUGUUUAAGUAACUGACCUUAUCUUGGCUCGAGCUCGGCCGUGAGCAUGACAGCGGGGGCGGUGGCGCCCCCCCGCAUUAUUCCCAUCAAAUUACCGGCAUCGAAGAACCGCGUUGACACCGGCACGCGUGUGUGCAUUCAGUCGGACACGGGUGACGCGUUGCUUUUCUACACACUGGACGGCUCCAAGCCUGCGGCCCGGCCACCGUCGGGACGAGGCGGCCCGGGCGGCGGCGGCGGCCGGCGCUACGUUUCGCCCUUCCUGCUGCCGAGCGGCCGAGUGUGCGUCAGAGCCGUGGCCGUCACCAGCGACGGCCGCCAGAGCGCUGCUGUCGCCAAAGUCUUCUUUGUCAGAGAGGCAGACCCUUUGCAACAGCAGGUGAGUCAGGAAGAAGGAUUGCAUGACAACGUCAUGACUUCACCUCAAGGGUCAAAGGUGACGGGCAGCGCCCGGUCCGAAUCGGCUCCUCGCCGGGCGCCGCCCGCGAGCGGUUCCGCCCGCUCUCGUUCGGAGAACGCAGCCGCGCCGAGGCACCGGAGCGCCGCGUGUGAGGCAGACGCUCGCUUCCGAAGGUGUGUGCAGUGCUCGUCUUUGCGCCGUCGUGACGACUCGACGAGUUUGUGUAUUGUGUGUGGCGUUUCGGUGCCCCCUGUGCCACGACGCGGGACGCCCCCUAUUGACGGGGGACAGCUGGUGUGUUGUGUGAUGUGCGACGCUGAAAUUCCAGUCAACACUCACGUUUGUUCCACAUGCCGCGCCCCCGUCAGGCAGAAGCUCCGCCCCCGACUGCAGGGUGACGUUUUGUGUGCGUGUUGUGGACGAGGAAACCCAAGUGACCUGUCAAACUGUUUGACGUGUGAGACCUGCCUACACACGACAGCAUUAGAGGGGAACAGCGCCCCCUGUGCGCGCGUCUCACCCAACAGGAAGUUGUCCUGCUCCAAAUGUGGACGUCUGAACCGCAUCGACGCUCGCCACUGCGACUGGUGUGGCACAAAGUGCGAACAGGCCGUGACACGCGUGUCGUGCGUGAUCUGCGGCGCCGGCGGCUCUCCCCGGGCCGUCGUCUGCGCCGUGUGCGGCCACUUCCUGGACGCUGCGCCCGCUUCCUGUCGUGACGCCACAACACCAACUUACCAGGCCAGCCCGCCCACCGCCGAGCACUGCACGCAGACAUCGAGACCGCGUUUCGUGUCAGCCGCAAAGUUCCGCCAGCGGGAGCAGCAGAAGUCGCGACGCGAAGACGGACGACCGCCGCACACCGCCGUCGGCCCGGGACGAGGUUACUGGCGGACGCAGCUGGAUCACGUGUGCGCUCACCUGAGGAGUUUUGCCCAGAACAACGCUCCCUUCAGGACUCUCCUGGGAGAGCCUCGCCUCGGCCGGAUGAUCUCGGCUGUGCUUCGAGAAGGCGCUCGCGAGGUCACGCUGACACUCGGCUUCAAGGACGUCGGAAAGGAAGCGAAACAGGAAGUCAGACAGGAAGUUGCUUCUGAAGCUGUCGACAAGAUGGCGGCCACGACGAAGACACGCCGAGGAAGUGGAAGCAUCGCAAGCGUGAUGGUGAGGGACGUCCAGCUGCUCCAGGAAUUGGCUCCGGGUCCCACUCGCGGUCGCGUGGGCGUCGUCCAGCAGCUCCUGGAUCAGGGGGCGGACCCGGGCUGCUGCGAUAGCGACGGCCGCUCCGCCACCGUGAUGGCCGCCGUCAACGGGCACCACGCAGUCUUGCCGCUUCUGCUGCAGCGUGGCGCCGAUGUCGACCGCCCGUCUGGCCAGAUGAAGAACACGGCGCUGCACGAGGCCGCCGCACUAGGACCUCAAGGUCUACGCUGUGCACGUGUUCUCAUCAGCUGCAACGCCGCCACGGGGCUGCGUAACAAAGAUGGCCUUACGGCGUACGACGUGGCUGCCGCGAGCGGGUGCGCCGCCAUGAUGUCCCUGCUGAAUGGCUCCGCCUCUUUGGAAGGGGUGGGGCUUCCACCUGACUAAGAGCUACAUUUUAAACUAGCUCACGUUAUACUAGCUUCACGCAAGCCAAUGCUAUUUGGUAGUGAUGGUAGGAGAUGUGCCGAGUCUUCGAGGCGUGUGUCGAGUAAUGGAGGGGGCGUUUCCGCAAAGCGCGUAUUGAGGCUUGCGUCAUUUAGGGGCGGACCCGGAGGUUAUGACGUCCGAUGCCUUGCUGCCUGGCUGUACCACGUGACCGAUUCGGGAAGCGCUUCAGCGUUUGCCAGCAAUCGAAACCCGUCCUGCAGGCUCCAUUCAAAAUGUGUGUGUGUUUUAUAUAGAGUUGUGGUCAGCUCAGUUUGGAUAAAGGCAAGUUGGGAGUGUGUUGACAGCAUAGCUUGGACAGUAGAGAUAGCGAGCGAUUCCAUUUACGUCACUCCUCGGAAUCCUUGGAAAGAGGCUGCUGCCCGCUAACGCGGCACCCUGGUCUAAUAGCCCACCGGUUGAGGGUGGUCGCCUGAGUUGGGACCGCACAGCACAAGGAAAUAUCAUUGAGGCUUAUUAUCAAUUACCUUUUGUUUUUUUUUUAAAUAAAAAACUGCAUUUUCCACUUAUUUUAUUCAUGGGGAAAGUAUUAUGUUCACAGAAAGCAAGGUCAAAUAAAACCUCACUGGGAGAGGAGAAAUUACUGUACCCCAAUUUAAAAAAGCUUGCUCUUCAAUGAAUCACUUAACACAAAAAUGAUGAUAAACUGUUUUCUAAAUAAGUACUUUCAAAAUCCUCUGCCCUCUUAAGCCAUUUUCGCAAAGUGGUAAAAAAAAACAUGACACAACCUGCCAUACCAGUGAUGAGGAACAUUUUAAACACACAGAAUACGUUCAAAGAGAAUAUAUUUGACACUUUAUGUUGGGAAAUUACUUGGUCAAACAUUGUUUUGUCAUACAUCGUCAUUCACAAGAGGCAAAAAUGCAACGCAGCACAUACUGUAUGAGGUGAGGUAAAGAUCCAGCUGCCUGCGAUUAUGCACAUGACCAGCAGGUGGUUUCGUGGGCAAUGCAGCGUCCAACCAACGGCUCAAGUGUUACAAUGCUUCAUGAAGCUUCAGCUCGCCAUCACUACUAUUUGGGGCGUAUUCUCCCGUAUGCGCGAGGAAGUAAAGGCGCGCUUUUCUGACUCCGCCCAUUCUGCCAUUGUGAAGAGUUUGAGUGCCAUUGGCGCACCUUCUCGCCAUUUAUGCAGUUUGUGUGGCGUAACCCGCUCAGAUGUUCUCAUCUGCACUCCGAAGGCUGUAGUAAGUAGCUGUAAGGCUGUAGCCCUGGGAAGGUGAAACAUCAUAUUGCACGUUUUGACGAAGUAAACUGCCACCGAGCUCCGGCUGAAUCGGGCUGACGGUACGGGAGACGCCGGGCCCGCUCGCAGGCUAACCAACGGCCGCGAUGUGGUUGGUGACGUGACAUAUAGUAAUCGACAGAACAAAAAUUCUGCAUUUCCGCUUCAGUGCGGGUGGUGGCUUGGAGCUUGUCUGAAAGCGACCCUCACAAAAACUGAGUUAUAGUUUGAAUCAUUUGCAUGUGAAAUCAAUUUAAGUGACCCCUAGAAUAGAAUAUACAGAAUACAAAAACACAUGCCCCUUUAACGUGAGCAGUGCGCGCGUUUCCGCUACAGGGGUUAAUUUCACAUUUAAAGCGUGCCAUUUUUCUCAAAUGGAUUCUUACGGCAUCGAAGGAAAACUCCACGAUCCAGGAAUUCCGGUGAGCCGACGACGUGUGUGUGUGUGUGGCAAGAAGUCAUUAGGGGAAAAUCGGCAGCGCGCAUGCCAGGCGGGUAAAAACAUCUUUACGCACCAAUGGGAGAAUAAGCCCCAAUACGAACUGCAGCCGUACCUCGACUUACGAGUUUAAUGUUCUCUGGCCAAGCUCGUACCUCAGGUGACUCGUACAGCAAGCCAGUUUUCCCCAUUCAUCUGUUUCAGCUCCCCAAACACUUUUUAAAAACAAAGAGAAUCUCAAAAGAAAACUGGUUGCCGAACUGUCAUUACUGUCUUUGCUGAGCAAAUCAAGGUGACUAAGCGAGAGAUAUGGGGGGGAAAAAAGUAAAAACAUUGCCAUCAGUAGGUGCAGUCGGGUUUGGCCAAUCAGUCUGCGUGUGAGCGUCUGGGCAUGAGUUGUGGCCUACAUCAGCUCCUUGCGAGUGUUGUCAUUUUGUAUUCGGUGUGUCGGCGAAACCACUGAAUCGGCGGGAUCGCAGCCGUCGGAAGGUCCCGGUCGAGGACGGAGCUGUUUCCGGCGAGGACCGCGGGCGAAGAAGGACACCAGACGUGCCGAGUGAGUCACCGACCGAGCUCGUCGAAAGACACCCCCGUCCAAAGCGCCGCCCGUGCCCCACUACACCAACGUACCAUAAGACAAGGAUCUUCAGUUAGAA